AGAGCGUCAGAGAGAAGGGGAGAAGUUAGGGAGGGGGAGGAGUCUCGAGGGAAGCAGUCAGUUGGGAGGGAAGAGGAGGGAGAUUCAAGGGCAGAGCAGUUGGCAGGAGAAAGGGAGGUUAGUGAGGCUGCUGCUGCUGCUGUUGCUGCUGCUGCUGCAGGGGGGAAGGCGAGGAGAGGAGAGGGCAGAGGAGAGGAAGAAAGGGCGAUGAGUGCAAGGAAGGGCGGGAAAGGAGAGGAGGGAAGUGAGGAUGUGGAUGAAGACGAGGAGGAGGAAGGAGAAGCAGAGGAGGAGGAAGAAGAGGGCGGUGGGAGGAAGACGGGAGGAGCAGGGAAGGACGAGGUUGGUGGGGAGAAGAAGGGAGAGGAGGAGAAGGAGGAGGAGGAGGGGGAGGCGAAGGGAAGUGUGGAGGAAGAAGAAGAGAAGGAGGAAGGGCAGAGAGAUGUGGAGGGUGGGAAGGGAGUAGAGGAGGGUGGGGACACAAAGAGCCCAGGUAGGAAGGCAAAUCCAGAGGAUGGAGAGAGGGAUGGGGUGGAGGAGGGAGUGGAGAGGGAGGAAGAGAGGGGAGCAGGUAAAGAUAGCAAAAGCUACGGAGAGGCAGGGGAAGAGGAAGAGGGACAACGGCGGGAGGAGGGAAGUGCGGAGGGUGGUGAACGUGAGGGUGGCUUUGGGACGUCUGAAAGCGCAGGGGGCAGUGAGCGUGAGGGUGGCAUGGGAGGGGAGGAAGGUGGGGAGGUGAGAGCAGGGAUGGGUGGGGACCAGACAGGUGAAGGGGGACCACAGGGAGGGGAUGGGGACGAGAGCGAAGGGCAGCAAGGGGAGGAGGAUGGGGAUGAGCAUUCUGGGGGGGCGCGAGAGGACGGCCAAGAGGCAGGGCAGGGAGCAGGAGAGACAUGGGGGGCAGCAGGAGAGGCAGGAGCGGUUGAGGGAGAAGUAGAGGGGCAGGAAAGCGGGGCGGGAGGCACUGGAGCAGCAGAGUAUGGGAGCAAGAUUGGAGUCGAUUCGUCCUACAACGGAGCACAGGAGCAGCGGGGCAGUGAGUUCGGCAGCAGCAGCGACGUGAGUGUGUCGGACGACCACUCCCUGGGCCUGGGGCCGGGCUUCGGCCACGCAGCAGCAGACCUCGAGUGGGACCUGCCCCCCCCCGUGCUACAGACGAGGGCCCAGGCUGUAGCAGAGGGGUACAGGGAGGCAGCAGGCAGAUUCGUUCCCAUGCUGCCUGUGGAACAGGUGAAGCGGGUGGAGGAAGCUGCAAGGAAGUUUGCCAAGGACGGAACAAUCAUCUUCGCAGCAGCUUCUUAUGUCUACCUUCCUCUCUUCCGCAACUGGGCGGCGUCUCUCAGCCGCAUUGGCCUCGCCAACCACUUCCUGCUCUUCGCUCUGGACCAGGCCAUGUACGUGGCAGUGGAGGACGCCUACCCCGGCCACGCCAUGUGGCUCGAAGUGUCGGACCUCACUCAGCAGCCAGCACCUCGCCCCACCUCCUUCCACCACCUCGGCUCCCCCGAGUUCCUCCUGUUGGCGGCUCGCCGGCCGUUCUUCGUGCGGGCUCUGCUUAAGGCUGGGGUGAAUGCACUCUACAGCGACCUCGACACGGUCUGGCUAAAGGACCCCCUCCCAUCCUUCUCCCCCUCCCUUGACAUCACCUUCCAAGACGACUCACACCUCUUCUCUCCUGGCGAACCAUCCCCCCUCCCCAUCCGCUCCCCCUCCUCCUCUCCCUCCUCCCCUUCCAAUUCCUCCCUCGCCAUCCCUCUCCCCUGGUCCCAAAUCGCCCGAGCCUCCCCGUGCCUGGCCCUGUUCCGCCGAACCAAGGCCACUGAAGCUGUGGUGGAGGAUUGGGCUCGGAGAAUGGCGACAGUGGACUACGCCUAUGCCGUGCCUAGCAGUGAUGUACCCCUGCUGCAAAAGGCCCUGUUUCAAAUGGCUAAGGAUGGGCAGCCCCUGAGCCUGGGCGUCCUUCCUCAGGAGUCCUUCCCCCCUGGGUGGCUUGCUUUCAGCCCUCUCGGUUCCUCCUCCCCUUCAUCCUCCGUUUCCCCGUUUUCAUCCUCAUCCUCGUUAGAAGCCUCCCAGUUGCCAGCUCUAGGAUCCGAGUUGCUUAGAAACGAUCAGCCGCCACUGUCGCUGUCGUCAAUGGGCGCAGCAGGGGGGGGUCAGGGGAGAGAGUGUGGCUGCAGGAGCACCGGGAGGAGGUGGUGGUGGUGCAUUGCAACGCUGCUAGACUGCUGCCGUUCAAGAUAGAUGCGAUGAAGGGCGCCGGGGUGUGGUUCUCUGAUGCUGUAGAGUGAUUCCAUUGCAGUGGUUUGGGUUGGAUACAAGAGCACAGGGAGGGGUGGUGGUUGGUGCAGUGGUGGUGGUGCAUUGCAAUGCUGCUAGAUUGCUGCCGUUCAUGAUGGAUAUGGUGAACGGAGAAGCCAUGUGGGUCUCUAAUGCGACAGACUGAAGGUUUGGUGGCGAUGAGAUGUGGUAGGGAGUGUAGGGAGGAUUUUAUGGUGGUAGUGGAGGUGAGCGUGUUCCUUGGAAAGCAGUUAAGUUGUCGCCAUUCACCAUGAAUACAAGCAGCUGAAGUGUGGUUCUCAUGCCACUGGGUGAAUGCUAUGAUAACCGUUUGAAACAAUUUUGGAACUGGAGUGUGGGUUUUAUGUCACUGCUUGA